UUAAUUAUGUUAAAGACAAGAAAACUCUUGAAAAAUGAGAAAAGCUGCAUGAGUGACAAGAAGAUAUCAUGCAUUUGUACAACACAUACAUACAAUUGACAAAAAAAUUUGCGGAGGUUCGGUUGUGACGAAUGCAUUAUUCAUUGUGGUCACUGCUUUCUUUGUACUCUUCUUCUUCUUUCUAUGACUUAUACCGUUAAAUAUCGGGUUUCCGGUGACAUUUAACAAAAUCUGUAUAAGGUAGGAACUUGAGUGAUUACAGAAAAUAUCAAUGAUGAGAAGUGAGAGACAAGAGUUAGUGAUAGCAGAAUUGAAGAGACAACUAUGGUUAGCAGUUCCUCUGUCCUCUGUUGGAAUCUUACAAUACAUUCUACAAACAAUUUCUAUUAUGUUUGUUGGACAUCUUGGUACUCUCCCACUUUCUGGUGCUUCCAUGGCCACUUCCUUUGCAUCUGUUACUGGCUUCACAUUACUGAUGGGAAUUACUAGUGCACUGGACACAUUUUGUGGUCAAUCAAAUGGAGCAGAACAGUACCAUAUGCUUGGAAUACACAUGCAAAGAGCCAUGAUUGUGGUUUCAAUUGUGAGUGUAUUCCUUGCCAUCAUAUGGGCAAAUACAAAACAAAUUUUAGUUGUUAUGCAUCAGGACAAAGCCAUAUCCAAGGAAGCUGGUUCAUACGCGUUGUUUCUGAUACCGAGUUUGUUCGCAUAUGGUCCUCUCCAGUGCAUUCUCAAGUUCUUGCAAACACAAAACAUUGUCCUCCCAAUGGUGAUAACUUCUGGGAUUGCAGCUUUGCUUCAUACCCUUUUGUGUUGGCUUUUGGUUUUUGAAUUUAAGCUUGGAAGUAAAGGGGCAGCUAUAUCCAAUUCUAUAUGUUAUUGGGUCAAUGUGUUGUUGAUUUCACUCUAUGUAAAAUUUUCUUCUACUUGUAAACAAACAUGGACAGGGUUUUCAAAGAGAGCUCUGCAGGAUCUCUUUGUUUUCCUUAGACUUGCUAUACCUUCAGCUCUCAUGGUCUGCUUGAAAGUGUGGACUUUUGAAUUGAUGGUUCUCAUGUCUGGUCUUCUUCCUAAUCCAGUAAUAGAAACUUCAGUGCUUUCAAUAUGCCUUAAUACAUUUGGUCUAGCUUGGAUGAUCCCUUUUGGGUGCAGUUGUGCUGUCAGCAUACGGGUGUCGAAUGAACUGGGAGGUGGAAAUCCAAAUGGUGCAAGUCUAGCAGUUCGUGUGGCGUUAUCGAUAUCCUUCAUUGCAGCCUUAUUUAUGGUUUUAAGUAUGAUUCUAGCCAGGAAAGUGUGGGGGCAUCUUUACAGUGAUGACAAACAAGUCAUCAGAUAUGUGUCAGCUAUGAUGCCAAUUUUGGCUAUCUCCAGUUUCUUAGAUGCCAUCCAAAGUACACUUUCAGGUGUUCUUGCAGGAUGCGGGUGGCAGAAGAUCGGUGCCUAUGUGAAUCUUGGUUCAUUUUAUGUUGUAGGUGUACCAUGUGCUGUUGUAUUAGCCUUUUUUGUACACAUGCAUGCCAUGGGACUGUGGUUAGGGAUCAUCUCUGCAUUUAUUGUGCAAACUUCACUUUACAUAAUUUUUACCAUUCGUUCUAACUGGGAGGAAGAAGCAAAGAAAGCUCAAAGCAGAGUAGAGCGCUCAACCACCACCCCAAAUACUACUACCCUCAGAGACAGCAUUUCACCAUCUCAAAAACUUGAACAAAUUCCCUAAUCAAUUUAUUGUAUGGUUUAUUAUUGGUUUUGUUGUGUUGAAUCAUAGCAAAACCUUCCACCAUGCACCUUAAUAAAAGUAGUGUCCUUAGGAA